UUGCUGGUUUUAAUUGCUGGUUUUAAUGGCUGGAGCAUUGAAUCCCCUUCGUUCCAUAUGCAUUGGGAUCGAUCCUAAAAAAGAUACUUGGAGAGUGAAGGUUCGGGUUCUUCAUGUUUGGGAUAUGUUUCCAGUUGGUGAACCCUCAAAACCUUACGCUAUCCAUGUUGUGCUUAUUGAUGUAGAGGGUGUGAAAAUUGAGGGCAUCAUUAAGAAAGGGAUGCUAAAAAAGUUUAGAGGUGAACUGGUUGAGGGCAGUGUAUACAGGAUAACUUAUUUUAAUGUUAUUUCAAACUCCGGUGCAUUUCGUGCCACUGAGCAUGGGUUCAAGAUAGUAUUUAAUAGCCGGACAAAGGUUGUGCCUGAUUCUGGUGAGACGAUUCCAACUAUUGGUUUAUCAUUGAAGCACUGUGCUGAAAUUGGGAUGACACUUGGUGAAUCUGACUUUCUAAUAGGUGAUUUUGGUGAAGUCACGAUGGAUUAUUUGCAAUCAGCGAAGGAAAAUGAAUAA